CCAUCUAUUCCCCAGGACACUAUGUUUACUGUUGGACACGGACAGGAAAUCGUUUACUGACGAUUCAUCAUCUGUGGUAUCAAAUUACAGAAAGAAGAGUUUAUUAAAUCAAAAGUAAUCGUAGGAAGAUGAUGCAGUUGUAUAGAGUUGGAAUGAUGCUCUGAAAGAAAAGUAAAAAGGUGCAAAUGGCAGUCAGAUCAUUCAGACGACUGGUGAAUGAUGUUUUCUGAAAUGACGAGGUAUUCCAGAAGCCAUGUCUACAGACUUCAAAGCUAUAAUCUCUGUGACACUCUUGCGAAGGCAAGUUUGCCUGCUCCUUUCUAGAUCACUCCUGGACCUGAAAAGAGAGCUUCUGCAGGAGUGAGCCGGAAUGCCGUCCUUGCAUUUUGAAUUUCUCAGCAUUUCCGGCGGAUUAAAAUUUAAACAGAUUGUCAAUCUAUCUUACUUUGUAGAUAACCGAGUCGAAAUUUGAAAUAAGGGAACCUUUGGUCAAUAGUGAGAUGGAGUUCAGGCAUACGGCUCCGAUAAAAUGAACUGAGUUAUCUUCCUUUGCAGAAGAAUUUGACUUAUAUUCACAAUAAACAUCUGGCCAUCAAACAAGAUUACACGGGUUAAAUGUGUUUUUAGGUUCACAGAAACAGCAGAUUUAGAGAAGAGGAAGACGUCUAAUAUGGAAAGCCGAAAAUAUCCUUUUGCAAAUAUAUUUCUGUGGUUAUCAAUCUUAUCAGUAACUGUCGUGAUGCCACUUUUAUUGAAUAUUUAGUUGUCAUUUUGUAAUUAAAUUGUAAAUAACGUAACUCCAAAAUGUUUGUCGAUGAUUAUAUUACAUUGUAUUAUUUCAUCUUGCUAAAACCUUUCGUUACAACUGAACUUCUCUUUAUUAAUUCAACAUACUAAUUUUUACUAGCAAAUACUAAACAACCCUCAGUAUAAAAUCAAAUGUAUUUAGUAAUCAAUUCAGUUACAAAACAUAAAAUAACAGGAGAACACAGUUAUAAUCCUAAGAAGUUUCAAAGAGUUAUAAUCAAAGGGUUUCUAUUGUGUGUUUCCGAUUCCUUCAGACGAAUUUAUUGAGUUCAUAGUGAUUCUCUGCCUAGCAAUACUCUUGAUGAAAUCAACCCACCCAACUUCGCGAGUGUCAGCUGUUACAACACCAUUUAGAUAGUAGCCGUUUCUUCGAGACGGUGUUGGCUGUUAUCGCAACAUACCCCUUACUAUCCACGCUGAGUCGUAAAGCUACCCAUAAAAACUUUGCUAACGUCUGCUAUUUGCGCCCCCAUGAAAAUCUAGGGUAAAAAGGGUAAGAACAGGCUGUUAUUAUGCAUUUAUUAAUUAGAUACUUACUAGUUUUUCCUCUCAAUAGUUUCUACAUCGUUUUAAAUUAUCUUUUAGUAGAAAAGCGGGAAUCUUUACUUGGAAAAUCAGAAAUUCGUAUCAAAUGUUACAGGAAUAUACUACGUUCUAUUUAAUAUAAAUCAAUUUUUGUCCUAAGUUAAAUUUUAAUUAUCGACCAUCAUAGAUGUACUUAAUAUUUCCGAAAAUAUUUCGUAUUUACAUCAAAGUACAAAAGUUGAAAUAAUAAGUUAGAUGAGCUGUUAUGAUGCUACUUUCAGUUCUACCUCAAUACUUCUAAACUUGUGAUAAUAGAUGUAAUAGAUAAAUACGUUUAAUGUUUACGUAAACUAUGAAUUUAAAUUUUUAAUUAUGAUCUAAGGCAUGUGUUUACGGCGAGUCAUUAUUACAGAACCGAAAUAAUACCUCCCCCAAAAAAUUAUUUUAGUUCACAAAUUUAAAUUCGCUGUUGCAGUUUUUCAACUGAGUGAAAAAUGUGUAGCUUUUUUAUUUGAAUACAAAAAAUAAUAUUUUCAUGUGUAUAUAUUUGAUAUUAUAAAUAUUGGGCGUUCACUGUGAUUUCAGAAUGUAUUAUGGUAAGGAUAUUUUUCACAUUUUACAAUGUUGCUCUAAUGUAAAUGCAGUAAUUCCUAUACACUAUAAAUGUAUUUGAGGAAAUAUGCGAUCAAAAGUAAAAACUGCAUGUAAGGUAAUAAAUAUCAAAGAUUAAAGCGCAAUAUGCACAAUAGAAAGGAACGAUAAUCAUAUCUUUGAUAUCUUUUGAUUCCUGUCGAAAGAACUAUUUAAGUGACAUCAAAAGGAUGUAAAAUACUUUGCGAGGUAUUCUGAAAGAGAAUUUGAAUAAUUUCAGAAAUAGAAAGGGAAAACUUGAAUAUGCGCGUUUUUUCAUUUCAAAUACUUAUUUUGUUUAAAUAGAUAGUGCCUUGAGUAGAUUUGACUGUAGCUAGUUUUCACGUAGAAUAGAUGCAUGCCAAAUCAAAAUCAUCCAGUGACUGCAAGAAAAAAUAUUGUUCGUCAAUAACUGUUUUAGACGAUACACUAAAAAGGACAACAGCCAUGAUGACUCCAACCCCACCCAAAGUUGUUCCAACUACACUGCCAACUACGACGACUGUUGCUACUACAACUACAGAGCCCACAACUACAACAGAACCGACAACUACUGAAGAACCAACGACUACUCCUGAACCGACGACCACACAGUUGCCAACUACGACAACAACUAAACCUACAACUACGACAACGCCUAUGACGACGACAACUACAGUAGCGACAACGACUACGACAACCAAACCGCCAACAACUACGACCACUCCAAAGCCAACAACUACAACUAAACGAACAACUACUAGGCUCACCACUACAACAAAUCCUCCAACUACUACCCCAGAUCCUUCAGACACGAGGUAUGGUGCCACUACUUCAUUUCACCUUUCUGACUUGGUUGCCGCGGGAACGCCUGUUUAUAACGAUGGACCCGUUCAUUCAUCCGAAGAUGGUCCCGAAGGAUUUGGUAACUCAGCUGACUUUGGCGAGAACGAAGGAGAACCAGAGAGAUCCUGUUUGAAGAUAAAUGAUUUGACGAAAUCUACCCGUGGCAAAGCUUCAGAGGAGCAAAAUAGAUGUUGGAGGAAUCCUAUCAAUUGCAAAUACGGAUUUUCGGCCAGUAUUUUUGCCAAAUUAAUCUUCGACAGGAAAGACAAUAGUAAAAGAUACCUUUUUAGCACAGGAGGUGAUGCAGAAGGUGUACCUGGUAUUGCUGUAUUUUGUAAGGGCAUAUACAUACAUGCUGUUGUGUCUACAGGAGAAAAUGUGUGGGCUAUUUAUGUAGCUGGAUUAGUUCUGAAUGAUACUUGGAGUAAUAUUGCAUUUACAUGGAGUCAAAACGAGGGUUUGGAUUUGUAUAUAAAUGCAAAACGGGAAGCCUACGUGAAGUACCCAGAAACCAUCCCACCUCCUGUUCGUCAACCCCUCAAGCCACUGCAACUGACAAUUGGUUGCAGAAGAUUAGGUAAAAAUAUGUAUGAUGACUAUGCUCGAGGAAAGCUGGACGAGUUCGCCACUUGGCAAUAUAAAGUUUCUAAAGAAAAUGCCAGUUAUUUCUUAGGAGGCCUUGAACCGGAUAAAUUAUGCAACCCUCCAAAGCACCCUUUAAAGUGCUCCACAGAUAUUAAAAAGCUAAUAAAGCAACUGGACACAAUGGACUUAUCUAAUGUGGACACAGCUAUGACGACAAUAAUGCAUAUAGUCGAAAUUUCUAAGGGUGCAAAGAAACCUUCAACAGACAAAGAAAAAAACGGUGCAGGUUUAGAUGGUAUUGAUGGAAAUGAAGGAGGUGAAGAAGAAGUGGAUAUCGAAAAAAUUAAGAAAGGAAAUCUGAAGAACAUGAUUGCCAUAGUGAAGAAGCUUGUAAACAAGACUUCAGGACCUUUCAGCCCAGGCGUGGAACCUGAAGACCUUGGAGUUUUAUUAAAAAUGCAAGAGAUUGUGAGUACUAUCUUUUCUGAAAGUCAAGUUGAUUUGUGGAAAGAAAUUCAAGAGGAAGGUGAAGAUGUUAUUGCACUGACAACGUCUGUACAAGACUGGGCGAUGUCAAAACUUCUGGAAUCAAAGACCUCAGAAAAGAACGUGGAUUUGCUCAUGAUAUCUGAUAAUAUCGCUACACACAGUGCCAAAAGUAGUCCAAAGGAACUUAAGAAGAAAAAUGCUCCGUAUAUGUACUUUCCGGAUUAUGGAAAGGAUGCCAAAUGGAAAGAACUACAGAAGAAAUGGAAUGACGCAAGGGAUCAGAUUAGAAUUCCAACAGCAAUAUUUGGAGAUUCGGAUGAAGCUAUCAGUAUUCAAUCAGUGUAUUAUAAUGCUUUCCAUAAGAUGGCGCCACUACAAAAUUCUAUAACAGGUAGCAAUGCAUCUGGCGUAUUCUUGGACAGUAGAGUUAUCAGUUUUGAUGUUAAACCGACUUACGAUAAAGAAAUUUUAUCAUCCGAUCCUAUCAUUAUUUUUUUAGAACAUAACUAUGAGAAAUCAAAGUCACUUCGAGGAGAUUCUGCUGAAAAAAUUGAAGACCCAGAGAUCGAAAGGCGAGAAUGCGUGAGAUGGUCUGAUGAACUUGAAAUUCCAGAGCGAUCGAAACUUGGAGGUUGGACAUCCGAAGGUUGCACGCAAGUAAAUUCUACAGAAUAUUACACCACGUGUGCCUGCGACAGACUAGGAAUAUUUUCUCUUCUAGCGAUUCCUCCUGUGCCUAAAGAGUACGUAGAGCCUGAAGAUGAAACUUGGGUGUUCGUUGUUCGAGGCUUGGGUUACAGCAUCUCCAUCAUCGUCCUCAUAUGUUAUAUAAGUGCCAUAGCCAUGAGGCCAUCAUUACAUGAUCAAUUUCAUAUCAUCCGUUUGAACUUAUCCAUUGCUGCUGUGGGAACCAUGUUGUCUUUCUUCUCCGUUGACUUCAAGAGACAUGAUUGGGAGGCUUGUCGCGUUUUAUCCGGUUUCAUCCACUAUUUUUAUUUGGCGGUAGGAUGUUGGAUCGCCAUCUUGACUCAUGCGCUCUUCAAGGGAUUCAUCAAAGGAAUUGUCGACGGCAGGGUGCGGUUCUACUUACUCGUAGGAUGGGGUCUUCCACUUAUUUGGGUAGGGGUCGUAGUAGCAUCUUCACCCAAUUACGGUUAUGAAGACAGGUGUAUGGUUGGACCUACCAGAGGGCUGAGAUGUUCAUUAGCUUGCCCAUUAGCAUUCAUUAGUAUGAGUUCUUUCAUUUGGAGCAUUGUCAUUUGUUGCAAUCUGACUUCUCCUCAAAUCAAAAGGAUUGAAGUUGUUCAAGAGCUUAACUGUAGCACAAAGAUGCUGUGUUUCUUAUCCAUGUUUUUCGUGGGUAUCUGGAUACCAGGUAUUGUCACCUGGUUAGAGCUUGACGUCAUCAAUCUCAGAGGGUGGCGAAAAUUGUUCCAAAUUUUUAACUCUUGGUUGGGUGUUUUUAUCGUAUUUCUCUUGGGAUUUGGCUCAAAACAUUUUCGAUACGCUGUUUUUGAUAAAUAUGUAAAAUAUUUACACAUGCUUUUUCAUGUAAGUAUUUGA